ACUCCUGUCUCGGGUGCCCGGGAGAACGUAUAGGGCAACCAGACGAUAUACACGCGUUUUUUUAUUUUAUUUACGGUGAGAUUGAGGGGAACCUAAGGUGAUCGAGUAUCCUGUCAAUAUUCAACAUAUUUUAGUGAUGGUGGGGUGGUACUGUUGAUCGUAUUUUAUCUAUUUAUCCUCAGUAUCUCGUGGCGGUUGCAUUGUAUUUUCGAGCUGUCGUGAAAUCAGCGGUUCAAUCCCAAGGGUUGUACUGUUUUGGGCUUUUCGCACUUUUUUUUUUCCUCGCCGAGUAUUUUUUAUUUUUAUUUCGAGGUCAAGGCGGACUGUGGGGGUGAUUUUUUCGGGGGUGGUUAUGGGGCGGUGGGAAACACCGUGUCGGCUCCUGGUGGCCCUGUCAACGGUUAUAAUCACAUUUUUCGUUGCUGCUACUGCUGGAGCUGAUUCUGUUGCAAAUCUAUCGGAAAAAGCAUGCCCCUUGAAGCAAUUCCAGUGCGACAAUGGAAAAUGCUUGCCAAUGCCAUGGGUAUGCGACGGCCACGAUGACUGCACCGACAAUUCUGACGAGAGUCCCACAAAAUGUAAACCUGAAUCCUGCAAGGACACGGAAUUCAAGUGCAAGAAUGGAAAGUGUAUACCAGGAUCUUGGCACUGUGAUACGGAACCUGAUUGCUUUGAUCGCUCUGAUGAAGACCCUGCUGUUUGUCUAGGUAGAAACUGCAGCGAGACGCAGUUCCAGUGCAGCCCAGGGGAAUGUAUCCCAAAUUCAUGGGUGUGCGACCAUCAACCGGACUGUAAAAACAACUUGGAUGAGAAGAAUUGUCACAGUGCCAAGAAUUGCACAGCGGAGCAAUUCACGUGUCGUUCGGGAAACGGUGAAUGCGUUGCAUUGUCUUGGAUGUGCGACGAUAGUCCAGAUUGCUCUGACGGCUCUGACGAGGCUGACUGCAAUGACACGUGCAGAACUGAUCAGUUCACAUGUGCCAAUAAGAAGUGCAUUCAGAGCAGUUGGGUGUGUGAUCACGAUAACGACUGCGAGGAUGGAAGUGAUGAGAAGAAUUGUGAGACUGUUACUUGUCGGCCUGAUCUAGAUUUCACCUGUUCUGUGGGCUACUGCAUUACGUCGCGAUGGCGAUGCGACGGUGAUUAUGAUUGUCCCAAUCAUGCUGAUGAAAUUGGAUGCCCAAAUGCAGCGGUAGACCAUAUCUUCAGCCACUGCGCUGAUCUCGAAUUCGACUGUGGCGAUCAUUUGACUUGUAUUCAUCAGAGCUGGGUUUGCGAUAAUGAGAAAGAUUGUCCCAAUGGGGCUGAUGAAGCUCCCGAGAGAUGUAAAAGUAUUACCUGCCGAGCUGAUCAAUUUCAGUGUGGAGAUCAUCAAUGUAUUCCAGGGCAUUCUUCGUGCGAUGGAAAACCCGACUGCAGAGACGGCAGUGAUGAAAAGAAUUGCACAUCAAAGCCAUCCCCCUGCGAUCCGCAAACACAGUUUGAAUGCAGCGAGGGUUCAUGCAUUCCACUGGAUCACGUAUGCAAUAAGAAGCCCGACUGCCUGAGUUGGGAGGAUGAGAGUGAGGAUAGAUGUGGUGUGAACGAGUGCCAGAAGAACAACGGUGGUUGCACCCACAUAUGUAUCGACAUGCCGAUUGGUUAUCGAUGCGCUUGUCGUCCUGGUUAUCGACUUAUUGACGACAGAACGUGCGACGAUAUUGACGAAUGUCUCGAGCCUGGAAGUUGUUCACAAUUUUGCAUGAAUGAGAAGGGAACUUUCAAGUGUAGCUGUGCACCGGGAUACCUGAGGGAUCCAAGAAAUGUGACUCGGUGUAAAGCAUCUGAGGGCCAUGCCAGUCUGCUAUUCGCUAGACGUCAUGAUAUUCGAAAAGUUGCACUCGAUCGACAGGAGAUGACUGCUAUUGUUAAUAAUACCAAGAUGGCAACAGCUCUUGAUUUUGUUUUCAGAACUGGCAUGAUUUUCUGGAGUGAUGUCAGUGAGAAGAAAAUUUAUAAGGCACCCAUUGAUGAAGGCAAUCAGAGAACUGUUGUUAUCGAUAAGGAUCUCACAAUUACUGAUGGCUUGGCUGUUGAUUGGAUCUAUAAUCACAUUUAUUGGACUGACGUUGAGAAGAAUACCAUUGAACUUGCUAAUUUUGAUGGUAACAUGAGGAAAACUCUCAUCUGGGAUCAGAUCCAGGAGCCCAGGGCCAUUGCACUUAAUCCACUUGAGGGAUGGAUGUUCUGGACGGACUGGGGACAGGAGGCCAGGAUUGAGCGGGCUGGUAUGGAUGGAUCUCAUAGAUCGGUAAUAGUGGGAACUGAAGUAACAUGGCCCAACGGUCUGACACUGGACUUGAUAGGAAAACGAGUGUACUGGGUAGACGCAAAACUCCACAUUAUAGCAUCUUGCAAUUACGAUGGCACUGGCAGACGUACAGUUCAUUACUCUUUGGGGACACUGAGGCAUCCCUUCAGCAUAACGACAUUCGAGGAUUACGUGUACUGGUCAGACUGGACCAAGCAAACAAUAUUCAGAGCUAAUAAAUUCACUGGACAGGAAUUAAAAGCUGUUAUACCACACGGAUCUCUGCAGCAUCCAAUGGUUGUGCACGUUUAUCAUCCGUACAGACAGCCUGAUGGCACUAAUCAGUGUCAGGCAGUUAAUGGUCACUGCAGCCACUUCUGUCUACCAGCACCUAGGAUAAAUACACGAUCUCCAUUGUUAAGUUGCGCAUGUCCAGAUGGUCUUGUACUGUUCGAGGGUCUCACCUGUGUUGAGAACGUAACCACAACAGUGACACCGACAACCCAAACCACAUCCAGACCAUUUAGGAGACUCGAUCUCGAUGUGUCAACGACUAUCGGGCCGACGAAUGUUUCUGAUAUGAAUGGAAGGAAUAAUCUUGGAAAAGAGCCAACUGAUCCAGGACUCGUAGCUGGUAUCGUCAUUGGUGUUGUCACACUGGGUCUCUUGCUGCUUGCACUCGUAGCAGUAUUACUGUACAGGCAUUACCUCCAUCGUAAUGUUACGAGCAUGAACUUUGAUAAUCCAGUUUAUAGAAAAACCACUGAGGAUCAAUUCAGUCUUGAGAAGAAUAGAUUUCCCCUGCCAGCGGCAACUGUCGGCGAAGAGGCACAGGAACCACUUACAAGCCCCGGCACCAAUGAUUACGUUUAAGUGUUGAAAACACUUACAAAGUUGGGCUUUUAGCGGGCUAAUAAGCAUCAGAGGAUUGGAAACAUUUUUUAAUCCGAAAAAAAAUGUACGUCCCAAGUUGUGGCAGUGUGUGCUAGGGCGCAAAUGUGACCGCCUACUGCCUGCCAAUUAAGCUGUGAUUAUGUUUAAGUUUUUUCUUUUCAUUUCUCUUUACUCUAACUAUAUAUCAACAGUACUCGUUUUUAUUGCCAACUAAAAAACUGGAAUUAAUGCAUCUCACCGUAGCAACAACCGUAAGAGCACAAUUACGUAUUACUCAUUAAAAAAACAUUUUUUUUUCUUUCUGUUAUCACAUUCUCCGUAAAGUGGCAUAAACAUUUUUCAAUAAAUAUCGGUGGAAGAUAGGGAAUCUCUAGUUCUCAGAAGAAAAUUUAAAGAAAACGCCAAAAUAAUUUUACGCGAUAAAAGUAUUUAUCCCAUUAAUUAAGGAUUAAUGAAAAUCGUACUUUAGCGUCGUACAAUUGUACUGUCCUCCUGCGUCAUUAAUAGUAUUCCCUUCGAUGCGACUAAUUGGUGAUUUUUGGAUAAUUGUCGAGUCGAGCAUUAUCAGCUUCUCGUUUAUUUUAAAGCCAUUGGAAAUUCCACGAUCAAGAUUUUGCGAGGAAUCCCUUCUUGUCAAUUCGUUGAAAUAUAUUAGUCCACUAUUUCUUCGUCCAACGCUUACCAAACUAUUGAUAUUUUGUGCUGGAAAUUUUCAUCAAUUUGUUCCCUUUUAUUAGUUCAGAACAAUAAACAAAUAAUGAUUUGCUUUAUUUCAUUCAGUCGUCAUCUCUAAAUUUCUGACAUUUGAAUGAAAUAUCUCGCGGAACAACUUCGUUGGCAGAACAAAAUAAUAAUUUUGCUCAGUUGAAGUCCAUGACAAGUGAAUACUCUAAUUAUUCAUGAAAAAAAAACCAACGAAUUCAGCUCGACUCGACAGCUUCACAUUCGUGGACAACGCCACUCCUUUUUUUAGACUACAGAAUGCGUGUGACGUGGAAAAAUUGUACAUACUUCUGGAUCAGUAAAGAAUCUAAUUUUCAUCAACUCAUAUUUAUGUUCACAAUCAGUGUAUAUAUGAAUUUCAGAUAUCAAUGGAUUAGUGACUCGAUUUGAUAAUAAUCGAGAGAAUAGUUUGUAGAAUCUCAUCCUAAUCGAGACCACGUGGAUGAAUAUAAUUAUUGAGGUAAUUGCUAAUACUCGAGAGAGAAAUCCAUUUUUUUAUGUUGAUCAUAAAAAAAUUGCUUACAGAAGUGGGUGGAGAAAUUGUUUAACCAUUUGUGUUGGUAGCUGUUCGUGUCAACGUGUAUUUCUCUAUUUAAACGUACGAAAUAAUUUUAUGGAAAAUUUAGGGAUUCUAUUGGAUUUUUGCAAGCUUCUCAUUUUAAAAUUCACCAAUUCUGUAAGUUUCCCGAAUAGACGAUGCUUACUAGAAAAUAUUAAUUUUCUCAUUAAAAAUUCAAGAUCUUCUUUUUGGUACAAUAUUCUCUAUUAAACAUUUUUAUUGAAAAAAAAAUAAAAUAAAAUAAAAUCUGUGGAAUAAUCUAGUAAAAGAGCAAAAAACCGAUGGAAUUUUAUUUCUACAAAUUUUUUUCGUGCGUGAGUAUUUAGUUGCAAUUAUCAUAGAAUUUCUAGAAUAAAUAAAUAAAAGAAAACAACUAGGGAUAAUUAAGAGCAGCUCAAUGACACUAACUCGAAAUGUAUAAUGUGACAAUGCGUCUGUUAAUAAAAAAAAACGAUCAGGCCGAGAGCAAUUAUUUAGGUAACCUGUGUUAACGAUAAAUGAUAAAUCAGUGUACAAGAGAUAUGUAUAGAAAUAUUGUAUCAGAUCUAAGUAUAUUCGCUUAUAUAUUAUAAUUAUUGUAUUAAAAUCAUGAAAAUUCAUA